CUUCAUUUUACUACUGCCAUUUCCCUCCCUGGUUCUUUGCUCUGAGUAAAGAGUCGACCUCUUCUGCGCCCCGCUUCGCCUCGUGCGUUCUGAUCGCCGCGGACUUGUCACGCGAAAUAACAUUUCUCAAGUGUCACACAAAUAGCAUUUCCCAGGAUACUGUGCCGGGCCUUUCGGACGCGCGUCGAAGCUUGCCUUUGCGAGCCUGCCGUGAGCUUUAGAGCUGCAUCUCCGUUACAGGCUGCUUCAAUAUCGUAAUUGGAUAGAUAAAUUCAAUAUUCGCGGUCGCGUGCGAUGAGCGGCGAUGUCAGCAGCGGUAUUCCCUGGGACGGCGUUCUCGCGUGCGCCAGCGGCCUCGCCUUCCAUUGGCUGAGCUCGCGAAGCGGAAAAGAAGCCACGUCACUUAAGGCAGUCCCAAGGGUGCCCAGGCUGAGAGAGCUAGGAAGAAUGCUGCAGGGCACUAAGGGAUACGCCCCUCUGGUCGUUGCAGUGACGGGCAAAGUGGGCAGCGACCAGCCAAUCACCUGCGAGAACAGCAGCCUACGUGGCGUGAUAGUGGAGCAGACAGCGGAGCAGUUUUUCCUGAAGCACAACGAUGCGGGGGCGUGGGUGCAGGACUCUGCGUUUCUCAUCCGCAACAUGAAGUCGGUGCCCUGGUACAUUGAGGAUGGUACGGGCCGAGCCAACGUGGUGGGAGCACGUUCGGCAGCAGGUCUGGAGCUGACGGUUGGCACGGAGGUGUUUGAUGACUCUGGGAAAUCUGUUGUGCGCAGCACCGUGGACUACCUGCAGGGCAUCAAGGUGCUGGGAGUGAAGCGGGUGGAGAAAGUGCUUCCGGUGGGCACCAGCCUCACUGUCGUGGGAGAGGCAGUGAGGGACGACAGGGGCAGCAUCACCCUGCAGAGGCCGCACCAGGGCGGCCCCUUCUUUGUCUCGCCUCGCUCCCUGGAUGCCCUCAUUGCCUCCCUGGGCACCUUCAGCCAGUGGUGCCGGUGGCUCUACCUGGGCUGCACGGCUGUGGGCGCGGUGCUGAUUGUGGGGCGGGUUGUUGGGGGUGUGAUGGAGAGGCGGAGAAGGGCGGCCAUCAGGCGAAGAGUGCUAGAGGCUGAAGCAGCAGCGUCAGCACGAGACCGAAGCGGCUCAUCGGCCCGACAAGGGCAGGAAAGCGAUGACACUGCCACGUCAGACGCCGCCAAGUCAGCAACUGAUGACGACGUGCCAGCUCAGCUGCCUGACACGUGUGUGAUUUGCUUGGAGCAAAAAUACAACUCUGUCUUCGUCCCCUGUGGCCACAUGUGCUGCUGCGUGCACUGUGCCGCUCAGCUCACUCAGUGCCCCCUCUGCCGGCGCCGCAUCGACCAGCUAGUUCGAACCUACCGCCACUGAUCUUCCUGGUCCGUACCUAAGCAAAUGAGUCGAUUCAAAAGUACUUGGCCCGGUGGUCUCUACCCUGUAGGCUACUGCUGCUGCUGCUGAGCCCAUGUCUGUAAGGCGGCGGUACGAGCACACUGCCACUGACGAAGCUUGUGCAGGUUGCUGCUGUGUAACCUACACACACGCUACUCCAAUACACGCGUCCCCAGCUCACUUACCCAGCAGCGCCCCCUCGGUUGGUGGCGCUGCUUCAGCCAACGCUGGUCCGACCUGAACCCUAAAAAUAAAAUUAGCAUGCUGUGGUGUGCUGUACAGUAGAUCCCUUGGAUGCUGGCUGGCUGCUAAUGCCCUAGCUGUUCUACGUGUACAUAAUGUUCGUACUUGUGAGACCAGAAAACAUGGUACCUGCCUAAACAUGAGUGAUAGUUCGAAUUGGCCAUA